AUGCCUCUAAAGUAUGUUAAGAAUGUGUUUCUCCAUACAACAACUUUGUUUGUGGCCUCAAACCAGUUAGUCCAACCAAUCCAGUAGACCCAGGAAAUAAUAAUAAUGGUAAUACAACACCAACUGACACCACUAUCCAAAUUGGAUAAAAUCCAGCUCCACCAAGUUCAUAUUCAAUUAUAUUGGGAAUGCUAAUAGUCAUAGUUUUAUAAUGAGCAUUUUUAGAUAAUCAUAAUUAUAUUUUAAAUACGGUUUAUGUAUAUUAAGUUUGCAACUAUCUUUAUCCUGACUUUCACAUCAUUCGCUUAAACCACUGGGCAGGAUUGCACUGAGUUGAGUUGCAUAUCUACUGGUGCUCUCAAACAACAAUACACCACAAGAGUAUCAUAAAAGUGUAUGGAAGGUAAGCUUGAUGAUGAUCAAUUAAAUUAGGGUAUUUUUGGGCAGGACAAUCAUGCUAACCUUGUAAGCCAAUCUAGGGUGGACAUUACGCUUGCACUUCUUAUUGGGGAACUGGUACAUUGUAUUGUUUAUCUGGUUGGACAAUCCUAAAUGGGUAAAUAAUAAAAUUACGUACAUAGGGUUUGUGUGAAUCUACCCAAUGGAUGCUUAACCUACUAGUUAAAUCAGGAUUAGAAUGCUUAUGUUUGUGGUUCUUGUGAUACUGGAUUCACUCUGAUAGCAGGAGUGUGUGUAUAAAAUUAAGCAUGUGUCACUUACAGCAGUACUAAAUAUGUGUGUACUUAAUGCUAAUAAGGAUAUUAUUUAAAUUGGGAUUAUAUACCUGAUGUCUCUUCUGCAAGCGACAACUAUUAUAAUUAUUUUGGUAGCUUUUGUAAUCCUUGCAGCAUUUCAAGUUGUGCAAAUUGUCCAUCAGCCAAUACUUGUACUUAAUGUAAACCAGGAUUUUUUUGGUCAUUUAGAUCUGGAACAUGUGAAAAAUGUCUUGAUAAUUGUAUAAAUUGCACAAACAAUACAAAUUGCACAUAAUGUUCUGAUGGCUAUUAUGCAAACACAAUUAAUGGUAUAACAACAUGUUCUUCAUGCUAACCUUCUACAACGUGUGUCAAAUGCAGCAAUUCAACAACAUGUACUUAAUGUCUAAGUAGUUAUUAAUUAUUAAACCCAACCACUUGCGAGAAAUUGUAUGAUGGUUGUACUUAAAUGGAUACAAAUAAGAAUUGUACAUCUUGUUAAAGUAAUUACGUAUUGAAUACAUAAUCACCCAAAACUUGCACACCUUGUGGAACAGGAUGCGCGACUUGCUAAUUAAGUAAUAAUAUAGCCACUUGCACUGCAUGCCAAGAAUUUUACUAUGCAACAAAAGAUUCCAAUGGAAUUGUCACUUGUGUUGAAUGCAAAUCCAAUCCAUAAUCCACUGGUUGGUUGAGAUGUGGAGGUCCAUAUGAUAGCCCAUCAUACACCACAGUUUAAGUAACCCAAUGUAUCGAUGGUUAUUUCUUGGUCAAUAUAACAUCCAAUAACAUCACUACACCCACUUGCAUUGCAGCCAUUCCUUCAUCAGCUUGUCUGACACUUACCACAACAUCCACCAACACAAAUAAUAUCUGUGCCACAUGCAUACCUAAUUACAAUCCUUAUGUUGAUGGAACUUGCUUAUCUUGUCCUCCUCAAUAAGGAGCCAAAUAACAACUCUCCAGUCAAUGUAACAAAUGUAGUGGAACAUCCACAACCAAUAUCUCUUGUGCUGGAUGUAGUCAAAGAUACUUCCUUUAAUCUGCAAAUUCAGCAGUUUCAGCCACAUGUGCCACUUGUUCUGCUAGUGGUGGAUGUCUUGAAUGUCAAUCUAAUCUUAAUUGUACUAAAUGCGAUGUUGGCUACUUUAAGACUGGGGAUUCGAACAAUUCUGUAUGUCAACCUUGUCUCAAAAAUUGUGCUGUUUGUACUGAUUCAAAUAAAUGCACAACUUGCAUGGAUGGCUAUUUUGCUUAUACUGGUUCACAAACAGCUUAAUCUGCUUGUGUGGCUUGUUAAUUUGGAUGUGCUACAUGCAAUAACCCUGGAAGUACAUGUUAAUCCUGUAUUGAUGGAUAUGUACUCUAAAGUGGUGGUUGUGUACCUUUGAAUUAAGCUAAUUGUGCAGUAAAACUUAACUCCGCAACAACAACAACUAUUCAAACCUAUAAUUCAAAUGGCUGUAGUAUUUGUAAAUAUGGAUUCCAUAUGAUAUCCAAUCGUUGCUUUUAAUCAGUCCAACCUUAUGCAGGAUUUGCUUAUAAGCAAUUAAGCGAAUAAACAAUUAUUAAUGACACUCCACAAUUUGGAUUUAUUUUGACAUCGAUGUUCAUAAUGUUACAAUUUGUUUUUUGA